UUCGGAAGAAUGCCAGCCAAUGGGGAAGGCCGGAAGCAGUUUCGUCCAAUGGGAAAGCGCCGGAGGUUGGCUCAGGGUGCCACGUGUAGGAAGCAUUCGCCAGAGAAACUGAAGCGGCAUGGCGGCGCCAGGACCCAAAAAGAGACAGCAAAGACAGCGAGGAGCUUCUGCUUCGGCCGCGGCGGCUGGGCGCAAGAGGCGAAAGGUCCCUGCUGGCGAAGAAAAGGUUUGGCAAAAGGCUGGCUCCAAGUUGAAUGAAGAGAUUUCUAGUGAUUCUGAACCAGAUGUCUCAGAAAAUAAAAAUGAAGCAGAAGAAGAAAUUGAAGAGACUCCACAAGAGAAGAAACUGAGAUUAGCAAAAUUAUAUUUGGAGCAGCUUCGCCAACAAGAAGAAGAAAAGGCUGAACAAGAGGCUUUUGAGAAAGACCUGGUUGCUGGCCGAUUAAAGGAAGAUGUGCUUGAACAGAAAGGAAAAUUGCAAAGACAAAUUGCCAACAGUUUGCAGCCUCCAGACAUAUCUGACAUCAAGAUACUACGAGGUCACCAGUUGCCCAUCACCUGCCUAGUAAUUUCACCAGACGACAAAUAUAUUUUCUCUGCAUCCAAGGACUGUUCGAUCAUCAAAUGGGAUGUUGAGAGUGGAAAGAAGCUUCAUGUGAUACAUAGAGGAAAAAAGGGGGCAGAGGGCAGCCAUGUUGGACAUACUGCACACAUCAUCUCAAUGGCUGUGUCAUCAGAUGGCAAAUUCCUGGCCACAGGUGACAGGAACAAACUCAUUAUGAUCUGGGAAGCUGCAACCUGCGGACAUCUCUAUAAGUUCACAGGCCAUCGUGAUACUGUAUCGGGCUUAUCUUUCCGCAAAGGCACUCACCAGUUGUACAGUGGCUCCCAUGACCGCUCAGUCAAAGUAUGGAACGUGGCAGAGAAUGCAUAUGUGGAAACCUUGUUUGGUCAUCAAGAUGUGAUCACAGGCUUGGAUGGUCUGAGCCGGGAGUGCUGUGUCACAUCAGGAGGGAGAGAUGGCACUGUCAGAAUCUGGAAAAUCGCUGAGGAGUCCCAGCUUGUGUUUUAUGGACACCAAGGUUCGAUUGACUGCAUCCAGCUCAUCAAUGAAGAGCAUAUGGUAUCUGGUGCAGAUGAUGGGUCAGUUGCCCUCUGGGGUCUCUCCAAAAAGAAACCACUGAAAGUAGUGAAGCAUGCCCAUGGUUUUCAUGGCACACAGGGCCUGGAACAGCCAUUUUGGAUAUCUUCAGUUGCUGGUUUGCUGAACAGUGACCUCGUAGCUACAGGUUCCCACAGCAACAGUGUGAAAUUGUGGAAAUGUGGAGAAGGAUUUCGGAAGUUGGAACUCCUCUUUGAGAUUCCCUUGAUUGGUUUUGUUAAUAGCUUGAAAUUUGCAAAUUCUGGAAACUUCCUAGUUGCUGGAGUCGGACAGGAACACAGGUUGGGUCGUUGGUGGAGGAUUAAAGAAGCCAAGAAUAGUGUUUGCAUUAUCCCACUCAAGAAGACCAUAGCAGGCAAUUCACAGAAACCGCCUGAAGUCUCCUAAUACUUUCUUUCUGCAAAUCUUGUUCAUGUUUCAUGAACUAUCUUAUAUAUUAUAUAUUAAAGCUAUCUUGUGUUUCUAGAA